AUGGCAGGAUGCGCAAUGAAUUUCCAGUUUUCGAGUGUUGUGAAAUUCAGAAACGAGAUCUCUUCGUUGAGGAUUUGCAAUCGAGACUCUGCAUUUGGAAAUUUUGUUAAGGAAAUGAAAGUUCCUGUUUUGCGGAUUAGUGGUUUUUCAGGUAGGCAAAGGUCGAGGCUUUUGAUGGUUAGUAUGUCUCAGUCUCCAUCUGAGCCGCAGCUAUCUGGUGCUGCUGCGGCUACUGAAGUAACGAAAGGAGAAGAAAGUGAUAGCAUCUUAAGGAAUGGCAAUGUUAAAAACUUGGGAACUGAUCAACCGGAAAGUGAUGGUUUAGUUGGGGAUAGCUUUAGUGGUAGUGAUGGUAAUGGUGGAAUUAAUAACGGUGGUGGUGGAGGUGGAAAUGGUGGAGGAGAAGGUGAUGGAGGAGAAGACUAUGAAGAAAAAGAGUUUGGACCUUUAUUGAAAUUUGAAGAGGUGAUGAGAGAGACGGAAGCUAGAGGAGCUACUCUUCCAUCUGAUAUGUUGGAGGCUGCUAAGACCUUUGGGAUACGCAAAUUGCUUCUCCUUAGGUACUUGGAUUUGCAGAGCUCAGCUGGUCUGCUUGGGUUUGCUAUAAGAUCAUGGUCUAUGCUUCGGAACAGAAUGUUGGCUGAUCCAUCUUUCCUCUUCAAAAUAGGGACUGAGAUAGUCAUUGAUUCAUGUUGUGCAACUGUUGCUGAAGUUCAAAAGAGAGGGAAAGAUUUCUGGGCGGAGUUUGAGUUGUAUGUAGCUGAUCUUUUGGUUGGAGUUGUGGUUAACGUUGCUCUGGUCGGUAUGUUGGCGCCUUUUGUCCGUUUUGGUCAACCAUCAGCAUCAAGUGGCUUCUUAGGAGGCAUGCUCAAUGCUUAUAAUGCACUUCCUAGCAGCGUGUUUGAAGCUGAAAGACCAGGAUGUAGAUUUUCUGCACAACAGAGGCUUGCUACAUAUUUCUACAAGGGUAUAAUGUAUGGUGCGGUUGGGUUUGGAUGUGGCAUCGUAGGUCAAGGCAUUGCUAAUCUGAUCAUGACUGCUAAACGAAGCAUAAACAAGUCAGAAGAAGACAUUCCAGUACCACCGCUCAUCAAAAGUGCAGCUCUCUGGGGUGUAUUCUUGAGUGUUUCUUCGAAUACUCGAUAUCAGAUAAUCAAUGGUCUAGAGAGAGUGGUGGAAGCAUCUCCUUUCGCCAAGAAAGUGCCUCCGGCGGCUUUGGCCUUUACCGUUGGUGUAAGGUUUGCUAAUAACAUCUACGGUGGAAUGCAGUUUGUUGAUUGGGCAAGAUUGAGCGGUUGUCAGUGA